CAGAAGUCGAAUACCAUUCACUAUCUUUCUCCCAUAUCCCAACCAAAGAACAAAUUGGUGGACGCAUCCAGAUUGUCCGAAGCCAAUGCGAUGCCCGAAGCCAAUGCUCUCCUUCAAACUGGUUGGUGGAGCAAUCAUAUUCAUAACAACGUCUCAGAUCCUUGUGAAUGGAAUGGCACUAAUUGCGAUGCUUCAGGAAGUGUUAUAGAAAUUACUUUGCGUUAUGUGGAGUUGCCAAGGGGAUCUACUCUACAAAACUUAAACUUCUCAUCUUUACCCAACCUGGUGAGCUUCCUUUCCAAAUAGGGAAUUUGACCAACUUGGUGGAACUCAAUCUAUUUGCAAAUAUGUUGACAGGUACAAUCCCUUCAACUAUAGCUGGUUUGGCCAAUCUGUUAUUUUUAGAUCUUUCCCAAAACCAACUAGGUGGGGUGAUUCCUCCUGAAAUCGGAAAUUUGACUUAUCUAACUCAUCUUUGGGUGAGUUAUAACAAUCUCAAUGCUUCACUCCCCUCCACUUUGUGGGAUUUACAUCAGUUGAGCUUGUUAGAUCUUUCACACAACUACUUCAAUGAUCAUUUGAUUUCCCAAGGAAUAGGGAGCUUAAAAAGUUUGGAAUAUUUUUAUGCACAAAAUAACACACUCAUUGGUCCUAUCCCUUCCUCUAUUUUUCAUCUCACCAAUUUGAUAGAAUUAAAUCUUGCGUCAAACAAAUUUUCUAGGUCUAUUCUUAUUCCACAUAUUGGACAGAAUUUGGUGUAUUUGAAUUUGAGUUCCAACAUGCUCACUGGGCCCAUUCCCUUCACCUUAUUUGAUAUAGUUUAUGUGAACAAUUUAUAUAAGCAGGUAAAAAUUGAUCUUAGCCAUAACUCCUUCAAUGGUCAACUACCUAUUACCUUGGACCUAAGUUAUGCCCCUUCUGUUAGCAUGGACAUCAGCUACAAUAAGCUCAUCGGCACAUUUCCUAAUUUUCUUAUUGCUCUUGGAAAGGCCAACUUAUCCUAUAACUUCCUUCAAGGUAUGGUUUCCGAUCAAUUUCUAAAUAAAUUCGAUAUCAGCGUUGUUAUGGGUAACAAUAAAGUAUGUGGCAAUCAUCCCCAACUACACCCUUGUCAUUCACAUUCACACAAUCAAAUGCUCAAGAUUCUUCUUCCUUCACUUUCUUUAUUCCUCCUUUGUUUUGCUUGUUCUAUCCUUGCCCAUCAUAGAAUGACGAAGAAGAAUACUACCGGCCAUGAAAAGAAAUCAGAUCACGAACAUGGAAAUAUUUUCUCCAUAUGGGACUAUAAUGGCAAAAUUGCAUAUGAAGACAUCAUAGAAGCAACAGAAGACUUUCACAUCAAAUAUUGCAUUGGCACCGGCGGAUAUGGCAGUGUUUACAGAGCAGUGCUUCCAAGUGGCAAAGUCGUAGCUCUAAAGAAACUCCACACCCAUGAGGCCCAACAGACAACUCUUUUCAACAGUUUUCAGAAAGAGGUUGAAAUGUUAAAGGAGAUAAGACACAAGAACAUCGUUAAACUCCAUGGAUAUUGCCUCCACAAUCGUUGCAUGUUUCUCAUUUACCAAUACAUGGAGAGGGGAAGCCUAUUUUUGGCGUUGAGCAAUGAUUCAGAAGCAGAGGAAUUGGAUUGGAAUAAGAGGCUCAGCAUCAUUAUCAGAGUUGCGCAUGCUUUGGCCUAUAUUCAUCACCAUUGCAUUAAACCCAUCAUUCAUCGAGAUGUUACAACAAGUAACAUACUUUUAGACUCAAAGCUUGAGGCUUUUCUAUCAGAUUUUGGCAUCGCAAGAUUGCUCGAGCUUGAAUCAUCCUACCAUACCACAGUUGGCGGCACUUGUGGAUAUAUUGCUCCAGAACUAGCCUACACUACCGUGGUGACUGAGAAAUGUGAUGUAUACAGCUUUGGAGUGGUGGCAUUAGAAAUAAUAAUGGGAAAGCAUCCCGGAGAACUAUUAAACUCCUUGUGGUCUAAAUCCGUACCGCCUAUAGCCAUCAAAGAUUUGUUAGACUCUCGUCUCAGAUCUCCACUGAUCACAGCUGGAGCGGCACAAAAUAUAGUUCUCACAUUAACUUUGGCCUUUGCAUGCCUCCACCCAAAUCCCAAAACACGACCUACAAUGCAUCAUGUGACGGAAAAAUUUUCUACUCGAAAAACUCAUCUGGAAGAGUUCCCAUUUAAUGAGAUUUCCAUUCAAAAACUUUUAAGAUAAGAGUAUAUCGUGUAUAUAAGAUUUAGGAAUUUACACUAAGAAUAAAAUGUAUGUGUUUUGGAGUCAUUUUAAAGCUUAAAUUGCGUGAUUUACCAUUAUUAUUGGGAAGUAAAUUAGUGGCUUCUUGCAAAUAUGGGAUAGUUGCUGCAUGAUGAGUUAAUAUACUAUUUUACAAGAAACAGUUGCCUUGAAGAAAGAUGGAAGGUCAAAAGGAGCUUUUUUUUAAGUACUAUGUGGGGGUGGAGA